AUGCCGGCCUUCGACAUCAUCGUCGUCGGCUCAGGCGGCGGCCUCGACGAGACAAAUCUGUCAGGGUAUCUACUCAAACCAGGCGACGCAGAAUGGACAGACGGCAUCAUCGCCCUCGAGGCAGGCUCGGGCCACGGCGCGCUCAGAAGCAUCCUCAAAGCAAGCCCAGGCAUCUUUGGCGAACAGCCCCAGACUGACCCUCCCGGUCCCUGCAUGACAAACCCCUUUCAAAUCUAUUCUCUCGUUCGUUGUUUCCUUAUCACCCACGCGCACAUCGACCACAUCGCCUCUCUCGUCGUCUCGGCAGGAACCAUCGGCGGCGGAAGUAAACGUAUUUACGCGUCCCCGCAGACCCUCAAGGAUCUCGAGACCGUAUUUGCCGAUCGUGUCUGGCCGAAUCUUGCAACAUGGGAUGAGAGCAAUCCCCUGUUCAGACUCGUCUAUCAUUCGAUUCAUGCCGACCGGAAAUACAAAGUGAUAUUCCCCAACGUCUCCGUCCGUAACAUGCCUGUUAGCCACGGCAAGAACGAGUCCGGCCCAUACGAGUCUACCGCGUUCUUCAUUCGCCACGAACCCUCCGAACACGAGUUCAUUUUCUUCGGCGACGUCGAGCCCGACUCCGUCGCCUCCAAACCGCGCAACAUCGACAUCUGGCGCGCCGCCGCCCCAAAAAUCCCGCACAACCUCUCCGCGAUCUUCAUCGAGUGCUCCUACCCAAAAGGACGCCCGUCCGACGUCCUCUACGGCCACUUCUCCCCAGAGCACCUCGUCAAUGAGCUCGUCGCGCUCGCCACCGAGGUCGUGAUCGCGCGCCGCACGCCAAAAGGCAGCGGCCGCUCGCGCCCGCGCAAGAAGCAGAAGAACAACGACCCCGUGCCCGCGGACGAGCUCCGCGGCGUGCUCGACGGCCUGCGCGUGUACAUCAUGCACUGCAAGGAGCACUUCAACACCGACGUGCCCAUCGCGCACUACAUCCGGGACCAGGUCCGUGAGCUUCUCGAGCCCCACGGGCUCGGCGUCGAGCUGCUCAGCGCAGAUCAGGGGUCCAAGAUCGGUAAGCCGUCCAGCACCGCUCUUCCACGCCCAUCAUCAUCCGCCGUCUUCCCCAUAUUCCCGUCGUCGUCCAUGCAUAGUGGGAGCUUUCUCAGCUGA